UUAGAAGCUUUGAAUAGGAAGGUGACUGUGGUGACAGUGCGCCGGUACCGUAGCCACAGACAGGCAGACUAUGUACAAGUUACCAGCCCAGCAGAUUUGUGUCGUCAGUGUAAAAUGAAUAGGAUGUGCAUCAGUACAUUUGCAUAAAUCAGUGGGAGCACAUAAAUGCAAUGAGAUAUCGUUAAUGCAUUAAAAUUCGACAUUUAAGAAACAUUGCUAAUGCCAGUGGACUGCAGGAAGGUGUGGGCUUUGCAGUUGAGAGAAGGAAUUUAUCAUCUAUCAAAGCAAUUAACAACCUCAUUUGCAAACAGAAUGGGCAACUUUUUUUCAAACGCCACAGAUUUACCUCAGUUUGAUGCCCUAAAAAUGGUAGAGGAGACAGUCUCCAAAAAUUGUGUAGUCAUUUUUUCAAAGACCACCUGUCCUUAUUGCUCAAUGGCUAAAGAGGCAUUUAACAGUAUAAAUGUGAGUUAUAAGGCAAUUGAGUUGGAUGAAUUGGAGAAUGGAAGCCAGGUUCAAGAAGCACUUCAUGAAAUGACAGGAGGAAGAACUGUGCCAAAAGUAUUUGUUAAUGGAGCCUGCAUUGGAGGGGGAACUGAAACACGAAAUCUAAAUCAAGAGGGCAAGUUACUCCAACUGGUCCAGCAGUGUAACAUCAGAGCUGACAUUAGAACCUGACAUUUUCAUUUUCAUUUGACCAAGGACAUUUUGAGUUGAAGUCUGUAAUAUGGUUAUUACGAAUUUGGCCAAGAACAGUCACACAUUACAGCAUAGUUGCCUACCCUCCCUUAUUCUUCAGGAGACUCCCUGAAAUAGCAGUAAUCUCCCUCACUCCCUGAAUAGUCCAGCAAUCUCCCUGAUAAUAAAUCAGAGAUACAUGCAUUCAAAUGGGAUCAUCGGUGUCAUUUCCCUGCAUUGCUUAUAAGGCACAAUGAUCCGUAUGGCUACAUGCAUUUUAAAUAAGGUUUCUCGUGGCCACUUACAGUAUAUGGAACCUCUUGUGGAAUACAAUACAUGAACAAAUCCUGCAAAAUAUUAGUGUCUUUUCUUCAAAAAGUAGAUCUUACUAACUUUGGAGCUCAUUUACAUUUGGAUGUAAGUCAUUUUCAUGACACGCCUCUCCGAUGUAGCAGUACGCGCCCACGAUUAUAGGUGUCGCUUCCACAAUCUCCUUAAAAUUAUUUUUCAAAAGUAGGCAAGUAUGCAUUACAGUGCCGUUAUUGCUGAGAUCUGGCUAUCCCAUGAAUGUUUUAAUUUCUAGUCGGUUGGAAAAAAAAAUGUAAUAACUUGCAACACACUUUUGGAUAUUGUAAUAAUGGGAUAUUAUGUUUGGUUUAAUGGAGAAGGUAUGGAUUCUAACAAUAGCUUUCACUUUGGAUAUGAAUCUAUUUGUAGAGGCCACUGAGCAGUAUGAAAGUUUUUAAAGAAGCGAUGGGUCUGUUAUUGCCCAUAGCAACACUUUCAUCUUGGGCACCAAUCUGUAUGUUGUUCAUAAUCCAGAACUAUAUGCUGCUGGUAUCCUGGAAAUAAGAUAUUUUAUUUAAAUUCUAUUUAUGAUAUACUUCCUUAUAUGUUGUAACAUUUUUCCUACAUUGAUAAAUGUGUUUUCUGUAAGACAGAAGUUGGGGUGGUAGGGUUGUGUACUAAUGUGUUUGUAUUGCAUAUAUACUAUAUAUUUGGGUGUGGUAUGGAAGGUAGAUAGUAACUAGGUCGACAGUGUCUAGGUCGACCACUAUUGGUCGAAAGUAACUAAGUCGACAGAGAUGCUAGGUCGACAGGGUCUCUAGGUUGACAUGUUCUAGGUCAAAAGGUCGACAUGAGUUUUUUAUGGGGGGUUUUGUGUUGUUUUCUUCGUAGAGUGACCAGGAACCCCAAUUAGUGCACCGUGUCCCCUCUCAUGGCUCGCUUCGCUCGCCAUGCUUCAGGCAAGGUGCCUCACUCCGCUGCCGCUGCGCUCGGCACAGGUUACCGUUCCCAAUUAUAGUCCACGUGGAUCGUUAAGUAUGAAAAGGUUCAAAAAAAGAAAAAAAUCGUAAAAAAACUCAUGUCAACCUUUUGACCUGUCGACCUAGAACAUGUCUACCAAGAGACCCUGUCGACCUAGUUACUGUCGACCCAUAGUGGUCGACCUAGUUACUGUCGACCUAGAGACCGGAUCCCAUAUAGUUCUGUGGAUCAAAGGUUACACUUGCUUUAUACUGUACUCCAUGCUGAACAUGGCUCAUUAUCUGUUUUAGCUGCAUGAAGGAGCUUAAAUAAACAUUUUAUUCACAUGGUA